AUGAUCAUGUGUUUUCUGGAGAUGAAGCUGGCAUACCAUCAGUUCCCCAUGCGGAGCAAUGAAUUUGCAGCAAUGUACCCAGAGCUGACCAAAUCUCAGGAGAAUGAUCUUGCAGCCAUUGUGUCGCUCCUCAAGGUCCCAAUGAAGGUGUCCCUGACUCUGGCUAGGGAUGACUUGCGUCUACUAGCGGACGUCAUCCCUGUGUUUGAGAUAUUUCAGUCAGAGUGGGAGGCCGUCCUGACCAUGGACAACAUGUCUCGUUUCCAUGGAGCUAUAGAGGCAGCUCUAGCCGUGGCAAUGAAGUACUACACUAUUAUGGAUGAGACUGACAGCUAUGUGCUGUGCAUGCUUGUCCACCCCAAGUACAGACUUGAUCACAUCAAGGAAUACUGGGACAACUUCUACCUCCAGAAGGCCCAGAAAUUGAUCAAGAAGAAGAUGAAGGUCUAUACUGCAAAGUUUGGGCUGUACAGGAGUCCUCCCCUGAAACUGCAGUUUGGCCGUGUGGUCACGCCUGCAUGUGCACCACCCUGGCAAGCGAGAUUGCAAGAGGCUCUCUAG